AUGAAGAAGUCGUUAAAGAAGCGGACUAGGAUAAAUACGUCGCUACGAGAACUAUCCUACUACUACACCUUCUACUUCGUCUACUACUACUACUACGACACCUUCUACUUCGUCUACUACUACUACUACGACACCUACUACUACGUCUACUACUACUACUACGACACCUACUACUACGUCUACUACUACGACACCUUCUACUUCGUCUACUACUACUACUACGACACCUUCUACUACGUCUACUACUACUACUACGAUACCUACUACUACGUCUACUACUACGACACCUUCUACUUCGUCUACUACUACUACUACGACACCUUCUACUACGUCUACUGCUACUACGACACCCCCUUCGUCUACUGCUACUACUACACCUUCUACUUCGUCUACUACUACUACUACGACACCUUCUACUACGUCUACUACUACUACUACGAUACCUUCUACUACGUCUACUACUACUACUACUCCUACGACCUCUUCUACUACAGCUAG